AUGGCGAUCAGCUCCAAGCGUCUCUACAAUUGGUUCAUUUCCUUGGUCGCGGCCUCUUGCAUGGUGUUGUACGGCUAUGACGCCUCUGUUUUCAACUCGAUUCAAGGUUCCAAAAACUGGGUAGAAUGGUUUAAUAACCCCAAUGCAGCCACAAUUGGAGGCAUCAAUACGGCUUACACUGUUGGUGCUAUCGUUGGAGGCUUCUUCUUCAGUGGUCCCAUUGCAGACUAUUUCGGCCGAAAGGUCGGAAUGGCAACAGGCUGUGUGUUGGUCAUAAUUGCUACAUUCAUGCAAACGUUUGCCCCUUACCAUGGUCUUGCAUGCUUCAUGGUUGGCCGAGUCUUGAUUGGUCUUGGCCAAGGCAUUGCGCUGACGAGUGGCCCAAUCUACAUUGGCGAGCUGGCGCCCUCUGAGAUUCGAGGCCAGAUUAUGACUUUUUGGCAGAUGUUCUACUCUGUCGGGUCGUUCAUUUGUUUCUGGAUCGCUUAUGCAUGCACUAAACAUGAAUCAACUCUCGGACAUUGGGAUUGGAAAAUGAUUAUCAUUUUCCAACUAUUGGUGCCAGUCAUCAUCCUCGUGCUUCUUCCCACAAUCCCAGGCAGUCCUCGCUGGUAUAUCAAGCGUCAUAACGAUAUCGAGAAAGCAAGAGCUGCCCUGCGACGAGUCCGCGAUACUGAAGAGGAGGUGGAGGCGGAGAUCCUGCAGAUUCGCGAGGCAAUCGAGUAUGAGAAUGAGGCAAUCUCUGGCACUUACAGCGCUAUCUGGAAGGACAAAUCUAUCCGAAAGCGCAUGUAUCUUGCAUUGGUCCUCAAUGCUGGUCAACAACUGACUGGUCAAGGCUCCCUGAACUCCUACUCAACUGCAAUUUACAAGAAGAUCUUUGAAAAAGCGAGCACGAUCGCCUUGAUCAAUGCCUUGAACGCCACGUUCGGAAUUAUCUUCACCCUGAAUGCAGUGUGGAUUGUUGAUCGCUUUGGUCGCAAACCUCUACUUAUUUUGGGUGGCAUCGGAAUGGGAAUUUGCAUGAUCAUCUCAGCGACUGUUGAGACUCAAACACCCACCCUUCCCAACGGCGCAAAAUCAGAACCCGUCGGUAUUGCAAUUGUUGCCUUGCUGUUUAUCUUCAUUCUUUUCUACAAACCAUCCUGGGGUGCUACUGUGUGGAUCUGGACCUCCGAAGUCUUCUCCAUGAACGUCCGAGCCCAGGCCGUUGGCAUGGCCUCUCAGACGCAAAAUGUUGCCAACACUAUCUUCCAGCAAUUCUUCCCCAUCUUCCUCAACAACAAGGGAUUCUACGCUUUCUAUUUCUUCGCAGCUAUUAACUUCGUGUUGGCGAUCUUUGUCUUCUUCCUCGUUCCUGAGACAAAGAAGGUCACCCUGGAGGAGAUUGAUGCCUUGUUCGGCGGUGCCAACCAUGUCAUCCAGGGUGAAGGGGUCCUGGCUCACCACAAGGAAGUCGAGGCCAUGCAACACCAGGGCAGCGUGAGUGAAAAGCCUGGUGCAGUCACUGUUGAGGAUGUUGAGCACAAGCGUUAG